AUGAUUGGUAGUGAUAAAUUAUUUUUUAAAGUUUGGAGAAAUAUUUAUUUAAAAAAAAUAAUAUUUCAUCAUUUAAAAUUAUAUAAUUAUAUAAAUAAUUAUUUAAAUGAUUUUUAUAGUAUAAAUUCAAUUUUUGAAUUUAGAGAAAAUUUUCAACCAAAAGGAUAUUUAAAUUCAUUAGUUUUAAAUAUUAGUGAUAUAUUAAAUGGUAAUGGAAUUUAUGAUGAUCAUUCUGAAUUAUUUGAUGGAAUUCUAUUUGAUCAAUUUUUACCAAAAGAUGUCACAACUCUAACUAUAAAAUACAGUAGGGAUGCAAUUUCAUUAGGAUUAGAUGAACCAAGAAUACAACUUGAAUUACCACCAUUACCAGAUCAAAUCACCACAUUAAAUAUAUUCACCAUGCAGAUGGAAUACUAUCAAAAUAUUGAUAAUACUAAACCAUUAGAUAUAAGUGAAUGGCCAUUAAAACCAAACUAUUUAAUGGGAAAAGUGAACUUAAGGAAAUUAAAUUUUAAAAAGAUGCCAAAUAUAGAUUAUAACAAAAUCAACCUACCAUUAUAUAUUUCAAAUAGUUUUAAUAAAAUCACUACAAUUUCAAUUGGACAAAUACCAAUGGGAAUUAUUGAUUUAAGAUUACCAGAUAAUUUUAACGGUAAUCUUGAAAGUGGUUGUAUUCCAUCAACAGUUUUAAAAUUAAAAUUUGGUAGAGCCUAUGAUAAACCUUUAAAUAAAUCAACAGAUUUACCAAUUGGUUUAAUUGAAUUAACUUAUCAUGCUAAUCAUUCAAUACCAUUGAAUUGUUUACCUGAAACUUUAGAAAUAUUAAAACUCGGUGAAAAUUAUAAUUCACCAAUCAUAAUUGGAUCAUUACCAAAAUCUUUAAAAUCUUUAAAAUUUGGUAAAUCAUUUAAUCAACCAUUGAAACAAAUUGGUUGUUUUCCAUUGAAUGAAAAUUUAAAUACUUUGAUAUUAGGUAAAAAUUGGGAUAAUAUAGUAUCAAAUGGUGUUUUACCUUCAUCAACAUUAAUUCAUUUAAAUUUAGGAAAAGCAAGUGAUUUUAGAUUGAAACAAACUAUUUAUUCAUCAAGUAUUAAUAUGUUUAGUAAAUUCUAUUCAGAUGAAUCAUUAAUUCAAUGUAAUAAUUUGAAAACAUUAAUUAUUAAUUAUUUCGAUAAACAAAUCUUACCAAAUUCAUUACCAAAUUCAAUUGUAACAAUUAAAUUUAAAAAUUUCAAUAAUGGUAAUAAACCAAUCCAACCAUUUUCUUUACCAUCUGAAUUGGAAUACAUUGAUUUUGGUAAUAAAUUCAAUCAAAAGAUUCAACCAAAUUCUUUUUCUCAUUUAAAAAAUUUAAAAACAAUUAAAUUUGGUAAAUCAUUUAAUCAAUCAUUAGAAAAUUGUAUUAUUCCUUCAACUGUUAAUUUAAUAACUUUUAAAAAUUCAAAAUUUAAUAAAUCACCACCACCAAAAACAACAACAACAACAACAACAACAACAACAACAACAACUUUAAAAUUAAAAAUAAGAAUGUAUAAUUCAAAUGAUUUAAGUAAUGAUUUUAAAAAUUGUUUAAAUUCAAUAGAUUGUAAAUUCUUAUCAAAUGAAGAUGAAUCAAAUUUAAAUUCAACUACAUUCCCAAAUUCAUUAACAAGUUUAAAAAUUAGAGAUGAGUUUAGAAAACCAACAAGUUAUAAUGGAUUUUUAAAAAAUAAAAUUAAUUUAACAAAUUUAGAUAUAAAUGAACCAAUUGAAAAAUUAGAAUUACCUUUAUUAAAUAAUAAUGAUAAUAAAACAACAACAACAACGACAACAACACAAAAUAAUAAUAAUAUAGUUAAUAAUAUUAAAAUUUUAACAUUAUAUAGAGGUAUACAUCCAUUAUUAAUAUUUCCAUCAAUUGAAAUUUUAAUUAUAAAAACUUCAUAUAUUAUUAUAGAUGAAAAACAAUUCCCAAAUUUAAAAGAAAUUCAUUCAAAAAAUCAUAAAUUUAUAAAUUCAAUUUUUAAUAAUCCAAAAUUAUUUGAAAUUUUAAAAUAUCCAAUUAAAAAUAAAAAUCAAAAGCUUGAUGAAAGAGCUUCAACAAUUUUAUUUUAA